UCUACUCGACAUCUUCUCUAAACAGGUUUCUGACUCCACUUUCUGCAUUCUAUUCAUCCUGUAAAAGAAAAAUGUAUUUCAACUUUUCAUCCGUCAAACAGAGGCUCUUUGAGCCAAUUCCAUUCUUUGGGAUCAAAUUAUGGGUUGCAAUUCUCACUUGUAUUGUUCUUUUGGUCCUCGUCUAUGCGCUCUUCAUCACUCCGUGUGUCAUCACAACUAGGCGACGCCGUAAAGCACGUAAUGCCUUGAAGCCAAUGGUUUCAAAAGAUGUGAUUGAUUUAGAGACAGCAGGGACUAUACAUUCCCAGCCUCCUGUUGCUUUUGAUGCUAGGCCUAGUUAUUACCAAUUUACAUUGGCAGAGAUUGAAGCAGCAACAAAUAACUUUGCCAAUAAAAAUGUAGUUGUUUGUGGAGAUUAUGCAAUUGUCUAUCAUGCUAUCAUGUUCGGCAGUACUAGAGUUGCAGUAAAGCGGUUGCUCAGUAGCAGGGCUAAAGCAAAGGAAUUUACACGGGAGGUAGAUGUAUUAUUGAAUCUCAGACACAAAAACUUAGUGAAAUUGCUUGGCUAUUGUUUUGAAGGAUACUACAGGGUAGUUGUGGACGAGUACGUAGACAAUGGCAAUUUAGGACAGUGGCUUCAUGACUGCACCAGUGAAGUUAGCCCCUUAACUUGGAAUAUGCGGAUGAACAUUGUGCUAGGAAUUGCCAAAGGGUUGGCUUACCUUCAUGAGGAUACUGAACCAGCAAUAAUACAUAAACACCUUAAGUCUAGUAGCAUAUUGCUCGAUAAGCAGUGGAAUCCAAAGAUAUCUGAUUUUGGUAUCACCAAUCUUUUAGGUUCUGGUGAACGGAGGUAUCCAAUAACGCCCCCUACUGGAAUGUCAGGCUAUCUUGCACCAGAAUAUUUAUCGAUGAGAAUAUUAGACGACAAGAGUGAUGUUUACAGUUUUGGUAUACUUAUCAUGGAGAUUGUAUCUGGAAAGCCUUCAAUAGAGUACACUGUCACAGAAAUUGAGGAAUAUUUAGUUGACUGGAUGAAGUCAAUGGUGGCAAGCCAACAAUAUGAUCAAAUAGUGGAUCCAAAGUUACCAGAAAUGCCUUGUACGAAAGAACUGAAAAUAAUUCUGCUCGUUGCUCUUAAAUGUGUUGAUCCAGAUGUUAACAACAGGCCUAAAAUGGGACAAGUGAUCCACAUGCUGCAGCCGCGUGAUUUACUACUCACCAAUGUAAUGUCAUAAGACAGGGACAUGUUAUCAAGGAAAAGAUCACUCCACUCUCCAGUUUUGUGAGAAAUGAGUAGAUGCUGCAAUUUCAAAUGCCAAUGAUGAAACUUGAAAAUGUCUUCUUCAAAUCAGUGACAAGGGGUGGAUGAGCUAGUAUUGUAUGUCAUGGUUCGGCCAAACCCAAUAACUUUGAUCCAUCUCCUAUUUGCCUUAAAAAUUCAUUGAAUAUGUAUAAAUUAUUAAUUUGGCAUAAUACACAAAUAGAUACCAUAACUUGACCACUGACAAAUAAACAUUCCAAGUUUGAGAAUGCACAUCUAGACACCUCAACUCGUCCUCAUUGUGUCUCAUGGACACCUGAUGCUGAUGUGACACAUAAAUUUUGGAGGAGCCUAGAUGAUUAUUUCGUAUAUCGUAUUGUUCAACUAAAGCAAUAAAGAUGAGUUGAGGUGUCUCACUGCACAUCCUCCAAAUUGAAAUUUUAGUUGCAA